GGUAACAUCCUAUUUCAUAUUUAAUCCAGGUGACAUCAGGAGACAGCAGCCCUCGGAGGUCCUUAGUAGCUUGGCCUGGAGAACACAUGAGAGAAAGAACCCCAAGAGGCUUUGUUUCCUUUGAAAAAGUCUUUCUGUUCAGUUGCUCCAAUGACAGAGAUACCUGCUCCCUUGUCCUACUUCCAGAAUGCGCAGAUGUCUGAGGACAGCCACCCCAGCAGCACCAGCCGCAGCCAGAGUGACGUUCAAGAACGACAGCAGCACCAUGACAGGCGGAGACUUGACAACCCUGAGCCGAUAUCUAAUGGCCGACCCCAGAGUAGCUCACGGCAGGUGGUGGAACAAGAUGAGGAAGAAGAUGAAGAGCUGACCCUGAAAUACGGAGCCAAGCAUGUCAUCAUGCUCUUUGUGCCCGUGACCCUCUGCAUGGUGGUAGUCGUCGCCACCAUCAAGUCAGUCAGCUUCUAUACCCGGAAGGAUGGGCAGCUAAUCUAUACCCCAUUCACAGAAGAUACGGACACUGUAGGCCAAAGAGCCCUGCACUCGAUUCUGAACGCUGCCAUCAUGAUCAGCGUCAUCGUUGUUAUGACCAUCCUCCUAGUGGUCCUCUAUAAAUACAGGUGCUACAAGGUCAUCCAUGCCUGGCUUAUUGUUUCAUCUCUGUUGUUGCUGUUCUUUUUUUCAUUCAUUUACUUGGGGGAAGUGUUUAAGACCUACAAUGUUGCUGUGGACUACAUCACAGUUGCACUCCUGAUCUGGAAUUUUGGUGUGGUCGGGAUGAUUGCCAUUCACUGGAAAGGCCCACUUCGACUGCAGCAGGCGUAUCUCAUUAUGAUCAGUGCCCUCAUGGCCCUGGUAUUUAUCAAGUACCUCCCUGAGUGGACCGCAUGGCUCAUCUUGGCUGUGAUUUCAGUAUAUGAUUUGGUGGCUGUUUUGUGCCCCAAAGGUCCACUUCGUAUGCUGGUCGAGACGGCUCAGGAGAGGAAUGAGACUCUCUUUCCAGCCCUCAUCUAUUCCUCAACAAUGGUGUGGUUGGUGAAUAUGGCUGAAGGAGACCCAGAAGCCCAAAGAAGGGUACCCAAAAACCCCAAGUAUAACACACAAAGAGCGGAACAGGAGACACAGAGCAGUGACACUGGCAACGAUGAUGGUGGCUUCAGUGAGGAAUGGGAAGCCCAAAGGGACAACCACCUGGGGCCUCAUCGCUCCACUCCUGAGUCAAGAGCUGCUGUCCAGGAGCUUUCUGGCAGCAUCCUGACUAGUGAAGACCCAGAGGAAAGGGGAGUAAAGCUUGGAUUGGGAGAUUUCAUUUUCUACAGUGUUCUGGUUGGUAAGGCCUCAGCAACCGCCAGUGGAGACUGGAACACAACCAUAGCCUGCUUUGUAGCCAUAUUAAUCGGUCUGUGCCUUACCUUACUGCUCCUCGCCAUUUUCAAGAAAGCAUUGCCAGCUCUCCCCAUCUCCAUCACCUUUGGGCUUGUUUUCUACUUUGCCACAGAUUAUCUUGUGCAGCCCUUUAUGGACCAACUUGCGUUCCAUCAGUUUUAUAUCUAGCAUUUCUGCAGUUAGAACCCGUGGAUAUUCCUCCGUUGAUUAUAAAAACAAAAAACAAAAAACCCUGAGGAGGACGUAGAUGAUCUUCCUGUGUCCUCAGCUAACAAAGUCGAGACUCCUGCUGGACUGUGGCAGCUUCCUCCCGAGCCUCGCCGGCCAUCUGCACUGUUGGACUUCGGAAGGAAAUGUCUACAGAAAAUGCUUUCCAACAUUCAUCAUUGCAUCGGCAAUGUCCCUCAGUGCAAACUACCAGACUUAAGGGACAAGGACAAG